GGCCAUUUGGGAUCAAGCGUCUGUUUGAUUCAUGUGCGCACGCGGAGAGCUGCAGGCAAGACCAUUUUCGUGCAGCGUUGCAUCAUACCAUGGCCGAACACCCAGAACUUGCCCACAAGUUGGUAAGAUUCAUCGCGCAAAGAGGUGGAGCCAUGCCAGCGAACCUCGCGGGUGAGUUUUAUGCGGCGAACCCAGGAUCGCGGCAAAAGAUGAUUGGCGGCCUCAAAUCUUUCUGCAAUGUUCAUGCAAAUCUAUUGCGGUUUAGCAUCGAGAAAGGCUCUCCAGGGAUCGUCACUGUCGUGAAGUCGGCACAGCCGAAAGCAAAGGUGGAGGCCAAAGCAGGGGCGAAGGCAAAAGCAAAGGCGGAAGCACAGGCAUCGCCAAAAGCGAAAGCGAAAGCAAAACCGAAACCGAACAUGGCUACUCCUCAGCAGCCCCCUGCACAAGUGCAGAAUCGCACCCCAAAGAGCGAAGCACAAGUUGCAAAUGCUCUAGCACAAUAUGUUGCAGAAUGUGGAGGUUCCCUACGAGGUAACUCAAUCACCCCCUUCUAUGAGAGGGAUCCGUGCUUUAGGGAAGUGAUCAACGCAGAAGGUCGCAAACUUCGACAAUUUUGCGAUGAACAUCCAUCGUUGCUGCGGUUCGGUCUGGAGGGAGGGCCUUCAGGGACGAUCUCCGUUGUGAAAACUGCGACAACAAAGAAAGUAUCGUCUACAACAUCAGGCGUCUCAGUGCCCAAUGUCACAGACGCGGAGGUUGCAGCCAAGAUGUUGCAAUACAUCCUAGGCCGCGGUGGCACUAUUUCUGCAGGAGAUAUUGGAGAGUACUACAAAACACAGCCUUCGCAUAAGGGGCCGGCGGAUUGUCACCCGUGGCGGGCGCAGCUUGCGCGAGUUCUGCGAGGAACACCAGGAUGCCUUCAGGUGGAGCGCCAAGGCUGGCCAGGACGCGACAAUUUCUUCCAAGGGUAUGCCAAAGCACGUCUGCAUUGGGUCUGCUCGAGACGCUGCUGGCGGAAGUAUGGAUCCAGAGCUUGAAGCGCUGCGGUGCAGACUGGUUGCGUUACUGAAAGAAGCCGGUGGGCGUACACACGGCAACAUAUUAGGCAAAUUAUACGUUGAGAACCCUGCGUGGCGCGCCGCAGUUACUAAGGUCGGAGGGAUGAAAGGAAUGUGCGAGCGAUUUGGCGGCAUGCACGUGAGCGUAAGUUCUUCAAACACCGCUGAGAUAGUACUCGAAGGCGCGGAGGGAGCCAGAGCAGCCCUCGAUGACGGUGCGUCCAGCGAUACAGUCCGAACGUCGACGGCGCGACCAGCGUCCAGCGAGCCUGAUGUCGAUGCGUCCAACGAUGAGUCCAGCGUUAAUGAUGACGCUUUCACAGCAUACAGGCACGAGAUGCGAUUGCUAGUAGACAACGUAUGGUGGUCCCACGAUACGAUCAAGGUUAGAUUUAGGGACGGGAGGUUACUCGUGGACACACUGCGUCAGCUGCUGGAUGGGGAGUUGGAGGUUGACGAGCUCCCUCCAUUCGACGUGUGGGAGCACGAGGGCCAGUGGCACGCAAUCACCGGCAACCGCAGACUGUGGGUGCUGAAGGAGUUCUCGAAGGCACGCACCACGAGGCUUCACGUCCGCGUCAACCGACUCGAUCCGCAGAGCGUCCCCUGCAAGAGAAAGGUGAAGCGAAUGUGGACGACGCGGACACAGGGGAAAUCCGUGCAGUUCGUGAUGCAGCGUCGCGACAAAGCACACUUCCCGUGCAUGGCCUUCGCCCUCGCCGAGGCCGGACUCCGCGAGGGGGGAGGGCCGAGCCCAGUCGACAUGAUGCUCGGUGGUGCCAUCCAGGCAGCCGGUGGCAGCAUCGGGAUGCCUGAGCUCGGAUCUGCUCUGCACUGGGGGACUGCAGCGACUGCGGGAAUGGGGAAGCUCGGCCGCACGGCAGCAGAUCUUGCGGGCCGGCCCCACCUCUUUGAUGUGUUGGAUGGCCCCAAUGGGCGCGUGACGUUUUCAUCGAGUUUCGCCCGAGCAGCGAAGCGGCAGCAGCCCGCAGACGUGCAGCAGCGCGCUGGACUCGAAAAGGGGAUGCGACUGCAAGCGCUUGCUGGAGAUGGGAAGCUCUAUUUUGCCGAGGUCGUAGAGGUUUCCAUGAAGCAGAAGCGUGCCCAAGCUCCAGUCAAAAUCCAUUACGUCGGCUACUCCGAGACCUCCGACGAGUGGGUAGGCACCGACCGUCUGCGGUCAAAGGAAUUGGCUUUACGCAUGCAAAGGGAGCAGGAGAAGGCGACCUCUGGCGAGCAGCAAGUACAAGCUAAGCAGCAGAAGACGCCAAGUGAGGCUGAGAAGCAGACGCUGGCGCUAUGGGCGAAAGCCAUGUCUGCCGAGAGAUGGGAAGCACAUGUGGCCAUCCAUCCCGAGCUGUUACUAUCUAGACAGAAUGUGAUGCAGGAAGCCUUCGAUCAAAUGCAGCUGUCCAGCAACUCUAAAUGUACUGGUGCACUCGCAUUUUCGCAGGUGAUGCGUUUUGUAAGGGCAUCCGGACGUGCAGAACUCGGUAUGUGGAUGGGCUGCGAAUCAACAACGCAGCCAGAGCCACGUAGCAUUGUGUUCGCUGCGUACGCGCGUGUGCUACGGCGACUCCUUUCCCCUGGCGACUGGGAGACGCUCGCGCAGUCCUUUAUCAGCGUGCAAAGCACUCCGUUGCUGACGAAAGCGGAACCACAGUCUGCCUUGCCGCCGCCACCUAGCAGUGGUGCCGAGCGAACGUCUGCCGCACAUCAUCGGUCGGCGCUUCAGCCGUCUCAGACACAGUUGGCAGUCGCAAGCGACAGCAGAGGAAGCCUGGCUGCAUCUUGCGACCCUUGGUUCCAAAGUGGCACGGACCCAUGGCAUGUGAAAGUGUCUUCUUCGAACAGCGGCGUCUCCAGCAUCUCUGAAAGUGAUCCAUGGCAGACGUGGCACAAGCAAACAGAGGACGAGGUUCCUAAGUCGGCAGCUGCGCAAAGACCUAUUGGUAGCAUCGAUUCCGAGCAAGGUCCAGAUCUGCAGAGAAGCUUGUCGGGAGGGGGGCGGGUGGCAAUUCGGCUUGGAGAUAAUUUGUCUGACACGCCUGUAACAUACCCGAUGUGCUCCCCUGGGACACUUACAACUGAAAUCUCAUUCUCAGACAUGUCCACUCAGACCUUCGAGCAGGUAGGUGGGGAGCGCACUUUAUUGCAAGAGGGCGUGACCGAGCUGCCAGUGUGGAAGCACACGCACUGUGCAGAAGCAGGGCAGCUUUUGAUCCCAGAGGUGCGCCAGCUUCCGAUCCUGGAUGUUCAGGAGGAUCUCGAAAGUGUCUUCGCGUUGAUCCCACCUGGCCUCAUCUCUCAGGCGGUCGUCCAGGGCUUCCAAGGCGCUAGGCAGUUGCUGCGGUCCGUUGUGAUUCAAGUGGGUGCCCGACCCCAGGGUUUCACUGGUGCAUCGCACACGUUCUUGCAUGAUGAUUCUAGCAUCGUUGUUCUUCCGCCGCAUGUGGAAUCGAUCGUCCGCGUCAUCGGCGACAGCGCCGCUGGCAUGAUCGGAGAUUCUCUGCACCGGAUCAGCUAUAUGAGUGCACCAGCGAGUGGCAAAGUCUGCGGGGUUAUGAUACGGGUGGGCCGCGCCAUUCUUGGCGCGUGCAGCUUGGUGGCUGACCUCCUCACGGACGCGCAGCGCUCCCUCGUGGUGCUUGGGGCGGUCGGCUCCGGGAAGACCACCGUGCUGCGAGACGCGGCACGGCUCCUGGCACAAGACCGCGCCGUGGUGGUGAUCGACCAGGCAGGCGAGGUGGGCGGCGGAGGAGCGGCCGUACACCCGUCGUUGGGCUUUGCGUGGCGCGUGUCGGUGCCCGCAGGCGAGACACAGAUGACGGCCAUCAUGGGGGCCGUGGACAGCCACGCUCCCGAGGUGGUGGUGGCCGACGGCAUGGAGCCCGCGAUGGCGAUGGAUGCCGCAGCGUACUGCAGGACGGCUGGCGUGAGGCUUGUCUGCUCGGCGCGGGGCACUCUGCAGAGCUUUGUGGACCUGCUGGCCGCGGGCGCUCCAAGGCCCCGCCAUGGCACCUCAGAGCCUCGGAGCGGCAGGGAGCAGUCGUACCAAACGCCGAUCGGCGCGCUGGUGGAGCUGCCCCGGUCUCCCUCCGACGCCUGGAAGCUGGUCCUGGACAGCGGGCAUGCUGCGAAGUGCUUCUCGGAGGGAAAGCCAUACCCGGUCCAUCUCCGCUCAAGGCAUCCGCUGGAGACGGAGGCUUACUCACAAGCCCGCUCGAGAUGUCCCCCACCGAGGUGAGCGCACCCUGCGUCGUCUCGAGCACUCCCAUCAACUCCCCGCGCGAGCGGGCUCCAGUCAACAUGAAUACAUACAUACAUACAUCCCCUCCAGUUGCUGCAAACAGCUCGUCCGGUCGCCGUCCGUUCGGCGGCGCCGACGUUGUCUCGCGAACUCCUCAUGGCCAUUUUCACCUCAAGAGGAAAAUCUUUCGUCCUGCGUAAGUACUCCUCCUCCCUCUCCUCGCCCUCCUCGCGUCGGUCGAGGCCGCGCAUUCGUCGCCGGCAGGUUCUGCCGUCUUCGGGUCUGGCAGACCUCCGUCGCCUCGGUUGUUUCAGUGCGGCGUCCCGGGGAAGCCCCGACCCCUUCCCUGGGUCCGAUCUCACUUUCCAGACGCAUUUCUUAUGUCGGGGGUUUGGCAGACAACAAGAGACGGCCGACGUGCAGCCACUCCCGCAAAGCGGUGAGGUUUGGCUGGCAUUGCAUCAUUUUGCCUACGCGCUCUGGCGCUUGGCUUUUCGUUUCGUUUCGCACUGAUUCGCUCCCAAAGGGCGUCCAAGAGUGGGGGGGGACGAGGAGCUGGGAGGGACGAGGGGCCACGGGCUAAUGGGGUGCAUUCUGGCGGGCUUCCAGAAGCCCCUCGCGGCCGCACGGUGCCCCUCGUGGGUCUGGCCGGCGGGCGGGUCCCGCUCGGCACGGAUCCAACCCCACUGAGAAGCAGGGCAGGCCGCUCGUGCUUCGGCAGCUGCAGAGGGCGCCCCCUGCUGCACACGGAGCGAGGGCUCCUCCCCUCUCCCCCCGCCUCCCGCCCCCACCCCCUGGCUGGCCUCGAGCCCCAGCUGGCCUCCCCCGCCAGCCACGACCACGCUGGGCAUCAUCUGCCGUUGUGCAAGACCGCGCCGGAGGAGAGAACGAGAGAGGAAGAACACACCACUCCUCUCACUCAGACCC